CUGUCAACCUAAACUUGACAAUAAUAAAACAUCAUUUUCAGUUGUCAGUUGUCACUUGUCACAAAAAACCGAAUGCAAUGAUGAAUUAGCUAUUAGGCAGGCUAUAAAAUACAACAAAAUCUUCAAAAUUACUUAUACGUCGUUCAACUUUAAACACAGAAGCGCGUUUCCAGCAGAACAGCAGUGAAUUUUAAUUUGUGUAGUUAAUUGGUCUUAAUAAUUUGUUUUUGAUAAUACUGUGUACAAAAUGUCGCAAGCUCGCUUCGCAUCGUGUAUUCCACUGCCGAUUGAGCAUAAAACCUUAGUGAACGUGAUAGAAAAAGCUAGAGAUUGGGGUUUGAUGCAUGGUGUAGCCAUGAGAGAUAAGAAACAUUUCAACAAAGAUGUUAUUCAGGUUGCACCAUUUGUGUUAUUACCGUCACCAUUUCCAAGGACGGAAUUUGAAAAGGCUGUUGAGUUACAGCCAAUCCUAAAUGAACUAAUGCAUAAGGUGGCGCAUAACAAUGAAUUUUUGGAGCAUACAUUACAAAAUGCAUUACAAGUGGAUGAAUUUACGAAGAACUUAUACGACAUAUGGGUGAAAGUACGCAACGAGGUCAUAACACAGUCGGUCAGCCUCGGUCUCUUCCGGUCCGAUUACCUGAUGCAGAACAAGGAGCAUAAUAAAAUCAAGCAAGUGGAGUUUAACACAGUGGCCUCGAGCUUCGGAGCCAUGACGUCGUUCCUACCAACAAUGUCUCGCUAUAUUCUGAGACAGCUAGGUCAUACUGAAUUAAUAAAAAAUAUGCCUGAGAAUAAAGCUCUGUCGGGCUUGUGUUCCGGCAUCACUGACGCGUACGACCUAUUCGGCGUACCAGACGCGGUGGUACUUUUCGUUGUCGAAGAAGUAUCAUACAACAUAUGUGACCAAAGGUUCCAUGAGUUCGAAAUUGCUGAAAAGAGGCCUGAUAUUAUGAUUCAUAGGAAAACAUUGAAUGAGAUUUAUGAAGAAACCACUCUGAAUGACAAGAAGCAACUAAUUCUGGAUGGACGCCCAGUUGCUGUGGUGUACUACCGGUCAGGAUAUGAGCCCGCCCAGUACCCAUCCCAGAGGGAAUGGGAUGCUAGACUAAGAGUCGAACGGUCCACUGCUAUCAAAUGUCCGUCGAUCCAGUACCAGUUGGCCGGUACAAAGAAGGUACAGCAAGCGUUGGCCUCGCCCGGUGUACUGGAAAAGUUCAUGGGAUCAGGCGCAAACACGGCCCGAGUCCGGGACAUAUUCACUGGUCUUUAUUCGUUGGACUUCGACGAGAACGGAGAGAGGGCAGUCGAAAUGGGGCUCAAAGACGCUGAGAAGUUCGUAUUGAAGCCGCAGCGGGAAGGCGGCGGCCAUAACGUGUACGGCGCAGAAGUCCGCGAAGCUCUACAGCGUAUGCGCCACAGCCGCGAGCGAGCCGCCUACAUCCUUAUGGAGAGAAUACUACCGCCACUGGUUCAAGGGUACGUGAUACGUCCCGGUGCAGCGAUGCCGCCCCCUGUCGUCGAUCUAGUGUCCGAACUCGGCAUCUUUGGCGUUAUCAUUGGAACAAGUGACAAGAUAUUCCACAAUCGCCAAGUAGGACAUAUGCUUCGUACGAAGCUAGCGGACGCCGACGAAGGCGGGGUAGCCGCUGGUCUUGGGGCCUUAGACUCCCCCUAUUUAGUAGACAUGUAGUACCACAUAAUACAUGUAUAACUUUAUUUUACAUUUAUACACAACUCGCAAUUAUUACACACGCUGUAUAAGUUUCAAAAAAAAACAACAACCUGUAUACAUUUUCCAUGCUCAAAAAGAACUCCUUGUAUAACUUUAGAAUUUAUUAAGACAUUCUAGGCUGAUUUUUCAAUGAUUAGAUAAAAGUUAUCUGCAGAAAUUAGGAUGUUGUCGCGUCAGAAUGUUUGUAUAAGACAGAGACAGCAACAAUUUAAUUCCUCAGAUAACAUUUAUCUGACGAUUAAAAAAUCAGCCUCUGUAUAUAAAAUCUAGGGAUGUGCCACCACUCGGCACAUAACUAGUCCAUAUCGAGUUUUGGCGUUAUUAUAUUAAAUAAAAUAAAAUUAACAUACAAUAUCAGUUAUAAAAAGCCGUCAUUCAUGACUUUUUCCAGUUUCAAUAUUUUGUUUUUUAAUUACAUUACAAUAUUUAAACACAGAAUUUGAGUUUUUUAGUAUGAAUUAAACACAAUGUUCAAAUUUUGCAUAAUACGUACGCGUUAUUUUAGCCUACGUAAUUAAAAAAACGUAAACAUUUUCAAUUUUUUUUUUAUUUUCGGUCGAUUUUUGACAUUCGAUUACUUUCUUUAAGGUGUAUAGCAGAAACUGGCCAUUAUUAUUUUAGGUCAAUAAUGGCUUUUCACAUACUCCGACUACAAUUAUUAUUAAUCUGUCCUAAAUUGUAAUAAAAAACGUCGAUAUUAAUAAUAUCGAGAUCAACAAAUUUUGUGAUUAUUUUCAAAUAUAUUUAAAGGAUUAUUAAUUUAAUACAACAAAAUUAUGUGCAUUUAUUUUUAUAAUUGUGAGAAUAAUAAUUUUAAUGAAUUCAAAGCAAAUUAAUGAUUUUAAAAUAUAUUAAUAGUUAAUUUUAUUGAAUUUUAAAGGCGUAAUAAGUCCUUGCCAUAUUUUUUUGUUGAAUAAUGAAUUGGAUUUUAUUUUUUUAGAGACAUUCCGUUAUUUGUUUUUUUUUAUCGCGUUUCAUUUUUUUUAACAAAAUCGUCUUGGGUUUUUUCUAUAGCACAU